AGUCUCUUCUUCCGCCACUCCGCACCCCCUCACCGCCGUCUCUUCCCCCAAAAGACCAAAACCCUAGCCCCUCUCCGAACCCUAGCUGCCGCCGGCUGCCAGCAUGGGGGGCUCGCGGCGCAAGUUGAAGCGCUCCCGCGCCAAGGUCCGCGUGGGUCUCCCGCGCAAGAAGCCGCGAGAGUUCUUGCCGGCCUUCGAUCUCCCCGAGGCGCUCGCCGCCGCCGCCGCCGAAGGCGGGGCGGGCUGGGACGCUGAGGGCAGCGUGGUGAAGAACUACGCCGCGUUCGGGGUGGUGGCCAACCCUAACCUCCUUGGCGCGCACUCCCGCGGCACCCCGCGGCUCGUCCAGAGCGCGCCGCUGCAGGCGCCCGACAUCGCUGCCGCGCGCGCCCCCGUCCCGGAGUUCGAGCCCAUCGACACCGGCAGCGACCUCGAGAACGACGAUCUGAAAUCUGCGCUCGGGAAGAAAAGGAAGGAUGGCAAAUCUGCACCAUUGCAACCACUGACUAAAAUUCAACGUGUUUGCAUUGGCAGAUUAAUAGAGAAGUAUGGUGAUGACUACAAGGCCAUGUUCAUGGAUACCAAGCUGAAUGCGAUGCAGCACUCAGUGGGUACAUUGAAGAAGCUCUGCGAAAGGUACCACGCUGAUGGCAAGAUUUUCGUCUAUCCACUGUAGUAUCUCAUGCAGACAUCUAUAGUUCAGUUUCUCAGUUACUCUGUUCUUUCUGCUAAUGGAGCAAGAACAAUUUUGUCGAUAAUGAUGGUACUUGCGGAUGACUAGAGUGUAAUCGUGAGCUUGUUCCCUUGUCAUAUGUGUUGUUGGCAAUACCAUCCUGAUCUUGAGCGGCUUGAGAUCGAAACUGGUAGUCCAGAACUGUUGUGUGCUUCAGCUUCAUAUGUCGUGCAUACUUGCCUACUUGAGGUUUGGCAGCUGUCAUUACACUAUAUCCAUGGACCAUGGUGUCACUUGGUCCCAAUAGUUUACUGCUCUCUUUGUACGAGUGGAUUAAAUUUAAAUAGGUUCAAAAUAUUCAUCGGUCUUAUGGUAAGCAA